GAAAGAAAUGAUGAUUUGACAUCAUCAUCAUCAUUCAGUUGUCGUGUUUGUCAUUCAAUUUUUUGUGAACAAUUUUUUUUCUUCUUCAAAUCGAUUUGAAAUCGAUUCGAUCAAGUAUUAAAUCAUACGAAAUCCAAACAAACCAGAAUAAAUCAAUGAAAUUGGAUCGAUCGUAAACGAAAAACAAACAACAACAACAACAGACCAGAAUCUGAGAAGAAAUCUUUGUUUUUCAAAUCAAAAAAGAAAAUAUUCUCGUAACGCGCAUGCGUAUUUCGAAAAAUCAAAAUCGAAUGAUUCUUUUGCUGGAAAUAUUUCGCCAAAAAAGUUUUUCCCGAAAAAGUUUUCUUCAAUUAGUUAAUUUUUGUUUAUAUAAUUAUCAUUAUCAAAUCAAAGAAAAAACAACGAAACAACAAGAUAACUAAAAUAACAUUGUUUGUACAUGAGCUCAUUGUUGCAAUCAUUUUCAUCAUCAUCAUCAUCCUCAUCAUCAUCAUCAUCAUCAUCACCGAUUGUAAAAAGAUUACUUGGUUGGAAAAAAUGUGAUCCACCAACAACAACAACAACAUCAUCAUCAAAUACGAUAAAAUCAUUACCAACUUUUUUAUCACCAUUAUCACCAUCAUCUUCAUCAUCAUCAUCAUCAUCUUCACCUCCAUUACCUUCAUUAUCAACAGCAGCAACAACAAACAAUAAUAAUAAUGAUAAAUGGUCGGAAAAAGCUGUAAAAUCAUUGGUAAAAAAAUUAAAAAAAACCGGUACAUUAGAUGAAUUGGAACGUGCUAUUUCUGAACAAAAUGUUAAUACAAAAUGUAUUACAAUACCAAGAUCAUUAGAUGGACGUUUACAAGUAUCACAUCGAAAAGGUUUACCACAUGUAAUUUAUUGUCGUUUAUGGCGUUGGCCUGAUUUAAAAUCAUCACAAGAAUUACGAUCAAUUGAACAAUGUCAAUAUGCAUUUGCAUUAAAACGUGAUGAAGUUUGUAUUAAUCCAUAUCAUUAUCAACGAAUAAAAGCACCUGAAUUACAGCCAAUAUUUGUACCACGUUUAUAUCCAUUACCACCACCAACACCAUUACCACCACUAUUAUCAUCAAAUAAUCAAGAUAAUAAUGUUGUUGUUGAUUCAAAUCAAAUGUCAAUGAUACAGACAAUUGUACCGAAUAAUAUAACAACAUUUGGAUCAUCAUCAUCAUCAUUACAAAAUAAUUUUUUAAAUAAUAAUCAAUUUUCUACAACAUUUUUUAAUCAACAACAAUCAUCAUUAUUAUUAAAUUCACCACAAUCAAGUAUAUCAAGUGAUGGUAUUGGUUCACCUGGUUCAUCAUCAUCAUCAUCAAAUCAAUCAUUAGCGACAACAACAACAACAACAACAUCGACAGCUAUUUCGACAAAUAUUACUUCUAUUACACCUGCUUUAAAGGAUAGUGUUGGAAUGGUUGUUACUGAAAUUGCUUAUCAUCAUCAUUUAGCUUCCGCUAAUCAUCAUCCACAUCCACAUCCACAUAAUCAUCCUCCACCUCCAUCGUCUCAUAAUCAUCAUUCUCAUCAUUCAAAUCAACAAAUAUUAACACCACAUUCACAACAACAACAAUCGGCAACAACAUUUUUUCAUCAAACCGGACAACAACAGCAACAACAACAACAACAUUCAUUAAUCAAUAAUCAAUUAAUUCCAGCAACACCUGUUGGUGGUACGAUCAAUAUUAUUGGUCAUUGCGGUGGUGUUGGUGGUGAUAAUAAUAGUGUUAAUGAUGGUGGUGGUGGUGGUGGUGAUUUAAUUGGUGAUGAAAGAAUGACUGGAGGAAAUAUUUGUUUAGAAGAAAUUGGUAGAACGAUAGCAACAAAUAUUAGAAUUGAUGGUGAUAGUAUGACACCUACAAAACAACAACAACAACAACAACAUAUUGGAACAUCAUCGACAACAACAAUAACAACAAGUGGCCCAACUAAAACAACAAAUAAUAACUUACAACAACAACAACAACAACAACAAUCAGUGUCUUCAAUGAUAACAGAUGAUCCAACAUCACCACUAUCAUUAUCAUCAUCAUCAUCAUCAUCACCAUACCAACAUCAACAUCAACAUCAACAUCAUCAUCAUAAUAAUCAUUCAUCACCAUCACCAUCAACAACAGCAACAACAACAACAAAUACCGGUCAAUCAACACAAACUGAUCAAUUACAACAGCAACAACAACAAAAUCCACAACGUUCACCAUCAGAAUAUCCUGCCGGUCAGCAACAUUUACAAUCAACAACAACAACAACAAAUAAUAAUAAUAUUCAUGAUACAUUUACAUUCACUUUUUCUUCUAAUACUUUUCCAGAAACACCACCACCCGGUUAUAUGAGUGAAGAUGGUGAUGGACAAAAUGAUGAACGGAUGGAAACAUCAUUAAUGUCAGCAACACCAAGUCCUGGUUGUUUAGAUGUACAACCAGUUACAUAUACUGAACCAGCAUAUUGGUGUUCAAUUUCAUAUUAUGAGCUCAAUACACGUGUUGGUGAAACAUUUCAUGCAUCACAACCAUCAUUAACAGUUGAUGGUUUUACUGAUCCAUCAUCAUCUGAACGUUUUUGUUUAGGUCUUUUAUCAAAUAUUAAUCGUAUAGCAACUGUUGAACAAACUAGACGUCAUAUUGGACGUGGUGUACGUUUAUAUUAUAUUGGUGGUGAAGUAUUUGCCGAAUGUCUUAGUGAAAGUGCUAUAUUUGUUCAAAGUCCUAAUUGUAACCAAAGAUAUGGCUGGCAUCCAGCUACAGUCUGUAAAAUUCCUCCCGGUUGUAAUCUGAAAAUAUUUAAUAAUCAAGAAUUUGCACAGCUUUUAGCACAAUCAGUAUCACAAGGUUUUGAAGCUGUUUAUCAAUUAACAAGAAUGUGUACAAUACGUAUGAGUUUUGUAAAAGGAUGGGGUGCUGAAUAUCGCCGUCAAACGGUAACAAGUACACCAUGUUGGAUUGAAUUACAUUUAAAUGGACCAUUACAAUGGUUAGAUCGUGUUUUAACACAAAUGGGUUCACCACGUGUACCAUGUAGUUCAAUGUCAUAAAAAAAAGAUAAAAACAUCGUCAAAAACAUUGAUUUCCAUUUGAUUUAUAAAUAACGAAUUGUGACCAAUUGUCAUUCACCACCACUCAUUUUUUUCAUUUUUCUUCUUCUUCUUCUUUUU